AUGUCACAGAUGUAUGUAAGGAGACAGCGGCUGUCAGAAAACCAAUAUAUACAAUGGAUGGAUGGACCUGACAAAAGCCGAUGGAAGCGCGGGAAAGCGCACUAUGCGCAAGCGCGGGAGUCUGCGCGUAGUCUGUGCAAGGCGCGGGAAAGUCGCACCUACAGUGCGGAUAGGGAUGAGGUCAAUACACUUGAAUCUGCAGCGAAGCACAAUGAGCUGAAGCGGGCAGACACAGCACAGACACUCAAGGCCUCCGGGGCUUUGUAUGAUGCCUAUACCACCAAAGAGCUUAUCUGCUGUUCCUGGUGGUCCCUGACAGAACCCUCGGGCGCUCGUCAGGUAUUUAUCGGCCUCCAAGACCGCACAAUGAUCCUACUUGGGGCAACAAUGGCAUUGCGAGGGGAGAGCCUUUGCAUGCUGCAGCUCUCUGACCUUUUUGUCUCGUCGGCCUUCCUUGACAGCAUUUUGGAUGGAUGUGUGCCUGCGGUCCUGACAGCACUCACUGACAACACGAAAACAAACCAGCAUGGUCAGGUGGACGAACAUGGCACCCUAUGUCAUUGCUUGGUCGAGUUUUGCCCAGUUGGCUCUUUGGCCAUGCUCCUCUAUGCGUUACAGUGUCAGACCCUAAAUGAUCCAGGCUCACAGCUCAGAGAGAGACAGAGGAUAAGGAAAACUGCAUUCAAAGUCACACCAGGUGAUAGUAAGGGUAAAGACCAACAUGAUUUACCAGUGCCCGACUUCUCACCCCAGUUUGAUGUGCCCGGCUUUGGUGAAUUUGGCUACCGACCAUGGUAUGAGCUCUUCGUGUUCUGGGGUGACAAUCCCAAAAGGCAGAUGUCCUAUGACAAGCCACCUGCCAAACUACUCUCACAGAUCUUUCCCUGGGCUGAGACCGAGUUUCAUGGUUUCUGUUUGACUCACACAGGAGAUGGCUCAGGAGGAGUCAAACUGCAGGAUGGAUGCAAUGCAGGAGCAGGUGGCUCGUAUGGAAGGCAUGCUUGGUGUUAUUGUGAUGACAAAAGGAUCAUGGCGCACCAAAAAAGCUCCUCCAUCUGCUGCUCCACCAGUGCAAGGAAAAACUACCACCACACCUGGGAGUGGGAGUCUGGGAGGCUCAUCCCCUUUUAUGUGUUCCAGACAGUCUCAAAGAUCACAGACAUCUGGGACAAACACAGCAAUGGCCUCAAUGGGUACCUGGCUAUAUGGGACCUCAACGAGUACUGGGGUGCGAGGUGGAGGCACAACCUUGAUGGCCAGCGGACGGUGAACAGCUGCCGCAAGAAGGUCAAGAACCUUGUCAAGAACCUCGCAAAGAAGGCCAAUUGGAACAUCAAACUCGCACUCUGUUUCCUGCGCAACAAGUACAAGAUGAGGGGCAUGACUCCACGAGCAUUCUGCACUUACCUCCAGAAGAGUGGUGGCAGCAACAUCGAGAAGGUGAUGCAUCAGGGAAUCGGCGAGAACUUGGUUUUUGUAGAUAUAAAUGGCAAGUUCAGACCAAAUAUCUACCCAAUUAUAUCCGAAGACAAACGAAUAUAUACACAAAACAUAAUGCCAUUCAAGGAUAAGAAAGUGCAAUACAGAUCUAAUUUUGACGAAUUAAUAUAUGUCUCAUAA